GGUUGGGGAAGCUUUUAUUUCUUCUUAAACUAUAUUUUACAUUUCCUCUUUUUAAAAACACUAUCCCGCAACAAUCAAGCGAAUUCAACCAUCUUUCUCUUCUCAGGCGCUCAGGCUCACCCCAAACAGCCAGUUCGAAGCCCCUCUAUCACUGGCCCCUUUUAAUCCCGAGCCAGAGCCAAACAGAUUUGGAAACGGGUGCGGAAGCGCCAGGCGCAGCCCUCCCGCCCGCCCCGCCCACGCGCGGCCGCAGCCAAUCAGAUCCCCCCUCUUAGCAGCGUCCCAGUCAGCCAAAAUGGCGGCGGCCGUUGGCGCGGGAUUCCGCUUUGGGUGCCGUUAGCCUUCUCUCCGCGCAAAAUGUGAAAGGGAAAACGGCUGGAGGAGGGAGGCUGCAGGCAAUGAGUCGGCGAAGGAAACAUGGGGAAAGCCCAGGCCUGAAGAACACGCCGCGCAAAGCGAUGGCGGCUGAGGACUGCAGCUCGGUGGGCGAGUCAGGGAAGAGGCGGCUCAGGUCGGCCCGCGGCUCCGGGCCCGGCGGGGCUGCAGAGGGCUCCCCUCGGCCCACGCUGCGGCGGGAGCGGCCUCCGGCAGCCUCUUCGUGCAGUAAAAGUAACCCCGAGGAAAAGUACGAAACCCCAGAGAGAAUCCUGAAAAUGGAUUUAUUGUCAUCGACCCUCAGUUCUCCUAAUGAUCCAGAUGGACAGAAUGAUAUAUUUUGGGAUCAAAAUUCACCAAUGACUAAACAGUUAGGUAAAGGAAGGAAAAAACAGAUUUACACUACAGAUAGUGAUGAGAUUUCACGUAUUGUGAGCCGAAUUGCUCCUCAGGAUGAAAAGCCAAUAACAAACUCAAUGCUGGGCAUGUGGAUUGGUGAAACUGCUAUUCCUUGUACUCCUGGUGUAGCAAAAGGAAAAUCAAGAGCAAAAACAUGCUGUACAAAGUUAAAAACACAAAAUAAAGAAGAAGAACUUAUGAAGUUGGCUAAACAGUUUGACAAGAAUAUGGAAGAGCUCGAUGUAAUUCAAGAGCAGAACAAGAGAAAUCAUGAUUUUAUUCAUAUGAUAUCAGAAGCAGAGACUUUAAAUAAUUAUAAAGAAAAUGUACAGAUGCAUUUAUUACUUGACAUAGUUCCUGAAAUAGAUAAUGCUAUAAUAAGGAAGAAACCAAUUAAAGAAAGCACCAAGAUAUCUAUGGUAAAUGAUCAAAAUAGCAGUCAGAAGCCAUUUGACCUAAAUGCUGAAGCAGCCUUUAAUGCCAUCUUUGAUGGUUCUACUCAGAAAUGCAGUGGAGCGUUAAGCCAGGAUCUGUCACAUGCAUUUUCGAACACCACUCACACUAUCUUUGCAAAGAAAAGUGCUUUGAAAGAGGAAAAAGUCAUUACUAAUGAAACUCUGGUCAGUGAAAAGCUGCUAAGUAAAACUCAAGGAUCACUUUCUCAUCAAGUAGAUAUUCCUGUGAUGGCCAAAUCAUGUGUAUCGCCCUGUAGUAAAGCAGCAACCACUUUGAAUAAGUGUACUGAUACACUUACUGCCAGUGAUUUUGAAGAUGAUUGGGAAAAUCUACUAAGUAAUGAGCCUUAUAUUAUGCAAAAUGCCAGUACACCUGAACUUUGCCUUGCUGAUCAAAAAGGAAUUUUUAACUUAAAUAUUCAAAAUGCUGAAAGUAAUUCAAAAACAAAUGGAAAUCUAGAUGUGAGGCUAAAAGAUACAAACAUUUUUCAAGAACUUUCUUCAGAAACAACGAACAGUGAAUUAAUAGAUGAUGGGAAGUUCAGAGUUUCCUCAAAUCCAAGUGGUAAAGUAAACAAAUUGCCAUCCUGUGGAAGUAAAGUGAAAUUUGACAAAUCUUUAAAUACAGUUGUUCAAGACAAAUUUCAGGAUUCUUUAAAUACAGUUGUUCAAGACAAAUUUCAGGAUUGUUCUAUUACAACUUUUCCAAUGAAAAUAAAGGAAGAUAUUCACUCAAAAUUUACUUCUACUAUAGAUAGUUCUGAAAAAAAGUCUGCUUUGAACACAGUGGUUUCAAAUGAACAAAAAAAUAAGUCAAAUUUUAAUCAGUCUUUUAAAGCACUUGCUAGUAUAGAGCCUUUUGGCUCUUCAGCUUUGAACAAUAAAGCCAUUGUCUGUAACCCAAAUCAGACUAAUACAUCAAACUUAGGCUCUUUCUUCGAUGAUUGGAAUGAUCCAACAUUUUCCAAUGAAAUUAUUGAAGCAUGUCAUCAAUUAGAAAAUACCUGGGAAGAAGAUGAUGUAGAAGAUGAUUUAUUAUACCAAGCAUGUGAUGAUAUUGAAAAACUGACUCAGCAAGAAGACAGUAGUGAGGACUGCAAGACACCCGAAAGUAUACUUAAAGUCAAUAACAGUUCCAAACUUGGAGCCAAAAGCAUGUUCACUCCACCUAAACAAGGAAGCCCAUUAGCUCAAUCAAAGCAUUUGAAUCUGUGCGGCAUUUCAGUGCAAAAGUCUUCAUUGACAAAUAAUCCACAUGUAAAUAAAUCAUUGAAGAUGGAGAAAAGGGAAGUUUAUGGAAAUUCUCCAGGUUUUCUAGGUGCUACAACAAAUUUGUCUAUAAAUUCUAAGAGCAUAGACUGUCAGCCCAGUAAUCUGCAUUUUUCUCGAAAUAACUCUGAUAUUCCAAUACAAGUAAAUAAUUCCAAAUUGGUUCUUACAGGAACUUCAGCUUCGAGUGCAAUUUCACAUCAUCUGAAUACAGAAAUUGCUCCUUAUGAGAAGAAUUUAAAUACUCAGCAUAUAUCCCAUAAGAACAUAAAAGAUGAAACUUGGAGAGACCUUAACAGAACAGUUAGAUUUUCUAAAUAUACUUUUACAAGGAUGAAAAAUUCUCAGGUUAUUUCCCAAUUUAAUCAAAACCAUCUAUCAAGAAGUGUUUCUGAUACUGAAAUUCCACAAAGUUUAGAAAAAAGUAAAAUUGUCAACCCAUUUUAUAGGGAGACUAUUCAAAAGCAAUCUUUGGUGAAACUUUCUGAAUCCUUAAAACAACCUUCAAAGGAGGAAGAAGAGAAAAGUAAAAAGUGUUCUCCUGAAGAAAUUCAGAGAAAAAGACAAGAAGCAAUGGUUCGAAGAAAGGCCAAAGCACAGGCAUCAUCUGUAAAGACAGCUCCCACUUAAUUUCUAUAAUGAAAUAUUACUUGGAAGAAUUAUCAAGGACAAUAACUAUCUAUGAUAGGAAAGAAUUUCUUCUUGAUUUCUCUAUGAGAAAUUUAAUGCUGUUAUAAAGCAUGGACUUCUUUUUUUUAAUAAAUCACUGUUUGAAAUAGUGAAACAUUUCCUUAGAGAAAGAUAUUGUAGUUGCAUAUAAGUUUUCAGAAUUCAGGAAGAUCAUCAGUUAUACUGCAGCAGGUGGUUAUGGUUUUAAAUAAUUUGUUUAUCAAAGAUCACUGAAAAAUAUGUAAUCUACUUAAUUUUUAAUUAUCAUAAGUCUUUUCCUAAUGCAAAACUUCACUUUAUUAAAGUUAUAGACUGUUACUUGUAGUGUUCCUUUCAGUAAUUCUUUCUUAAAGCUUUCAGCAUUUCUGAAUUCUAUAUUUCUAUAUUCUUAGGAACAUGGUUUUUGGAAAUGAAGAAUUUUAAUUUUCAGGGAAAUUACUCUUUCAGUUACUAAUCUGAAAUAGAUUUGAACUUUAAUUUUCUCAUGCAUUUUGGAAACUGGACAAAAACAGACUUAAUACAUCCACGUUUUUAAAAAAUUAUGAUUGAGUUUCUUUUUUAAAUAAUGUGUUUAUACUGAAAACUGUCAGAAAAUUCAGGUAUCUGGUUCAACUUCAACUUCUUUGUUAGGUAAGAAAAAUGAAGAGUUAUUCUGAAAUUCACAGGCAAGUUGCAGUUGCGAUAGGGUUAUUAGAUUUACUUUUUGAUCCUUACACAGAAUUUUUGCUUCAAAAUUAUGGAAAAUAACUUAUGUGUAGGACCAUCAAUUAUUUUAUAGUAUAAAGCAAAAAAAGUAUGUUAAAUACUAUUUAAUAAUUUUCGUUGUUUUGUUUCAAAGAAUUUAUCAGUCCAGUAUAUAAAAAUAAGCUUUCUUUUUCAAUUUUUCUCUAGUAAGUUUAAUUUUCCUUUGAUUGACUUGCUGAGUUCUGUGCCACUCUUUUCUCUUACUUUUUUGCUUAUUUGAAAGUUGCUAAGCUAGAAGAAAUCUAAGGAAAGGAUAUAUGGAAGUACAGAUCUCUAUUCUUCCUAGAGGCUAUGACAUUACCAAUCAUGGUAGUUGACACUAUGCAGAACCUAAUAUGUUCAAAUGGAUAUAUAUAUGUAUAUAUAUAUACAUAUAUGUGUGUGUGUAUAUACACAAUUUUGAACAUUGAAUUUUUAUUUUUGGAAUACAUCUAGUAACCUUUAUUAGUAUCUAGGGACUGUAAAAAAAAGAAUGUAAAUAACCUAAAUACUGAUACAUUUUCUAUAUAAGAAGAUAAAGAAGUGAGAAUCUUUUGCUUAAAUAGCUUCAGUGUAUUCUUACUAUAUUUUUCAUAUCUCUACCUUUGCUUAAAUGUUUCCCUGUCUUCUGUGUGCUUCCUUUAGCUAGUAUGUUUUUAGCCUGUUCUAUCCAUUCAGUGAGGCUAAGCCUUAUAAGUCUUAUGUUAUUUGAAAUAGGAGUUUCCUGACUAUCCUUAUUAGAAUUGAUUUCUUCUCUCAGAUUAUGGUGAUGCUGAUUUCCCCUGUCUUUAAUGUGUCAAUUUUUGUUAUGCCUUCGUUAUUGUGUAUGUAUUUUAGUAAUAUUUUUAAAACUCA